AUGCCUUCCCUUAUACCACUCGAUAACCUGUUGGGUGUUGCUUUCGUUGGAGUAAUCAUAUCUACUGCGCAAGUAGUUCAUCAUAUUUAUCUAAUAUAUGGCGUGACGUGCCUACAGCUGUACUUGUACUACACAAAGCAUUGCCAGUAUGAUGGUCGCUUCGUGAAACUCUUCGUCAGUUUCUUUCUCUCUACCUUCAUGGUUCUCGAUACCCUCAAUCUGAUUUUUUUGGCGCAUGCCAUGUACUACUACAUGGUCACCAAUUUUGGAGAUUAUCAGGCCCUUGUCCCUAACGUGUGGUAA